GUCCAAUAAACGACAUGAAACGCAGAGAAGAAGACGAAGGCCGUCAAACCUUGUAUAGAUCAUCAUCGCAGUAGUGGCUGAAAAUCGCGUGAUUUCAUUGGAGUUAGAGAGGAAAGGCUGAACCAGAAGGAGGAGCAUCUGAGAGGAAGCGCUAGGGUUUGAGCUUCUGUUUGAGGCAAAUUCUAUUUCUAAACUAGAGAAUCCGUUUCUGUGGAUUCGAAUAUUCCGUUCUUAUGGCGAGUAAUGAAGUUACUCAUCCAUUGCAAGAAUUAAACGAUGGGAUCAUUUCUUGGAAGGAUGAUGAGGAAACAUCUGGUGGUGGUUCUUCUGAUUGGCCUAGGGGACUGGACCACUGCACCACUGCACCUGUUGGUCUCUAUGGAGACAUGCUAAUCGAUGACAACGAGAUUAAGUAUUCUCGUUCUUUGACUGGGAAAGCCUCUCCUGUUAGUAGUCAUAAUUCCAAGUUAGAUAGAUUAUCAGAGCGUGACAAGCAAAAACUCAUUGUUGAGCUAGUCAGAAUACAAAAUGACGGGACAGUGGAAGUUGAUAUAAAUAGAGGAACUCCAGUAUCGGAGGAGCUAUUGGAGUUUCAGCCAACCAAAGAGCAGUCCACUAUCACAUAUGACAAGUCCUUGGCAGAAUCCUUCAGAUCCAUUCCAAGGUUGAAAAUUGUUAUGCUUGUGGUUGGAACUCGAGGCGAUGUGCAGCCUUUUCUAGCCAUUGCAAAGCGCCUCCAGGAAUUUGGUCAUCGUGUUAGGUUGGCAACUCAUGCAAAUUUCUCCUCUUUUGUACGGUCUGCUGGAGUAGAGUUCUAUCCCUUGGGUGGUGAUCCCCGAGAGUUAGCUGGGUAUAUGGCGAGAAAUAAAGGUCUUAUUCCUUCUGGGCCUGGAGAAAUCGCAAAGCAGAGAAAACAACUCAAGGCUAUCAUAGAGUCUCUUCUUCCGGCAUGCACAGAGCCUGAUAUGCAAACUGGUGCCUCUUUCAGAGCUCAAGCAAUAAUUGCAAACCCUCCUGCAUAUGGACAUGUGCAUGUUGCUGAAGCUCUUGGAGUACCAAUUCAUAUUUUUUUCACAAUGCCUUGGACGCCAACCCAUGAAUUUCCCCACCCUUUGGCCCGUGUUCCCCAAACUGCUGCGUAUUGGCUAUCAUAUAUAAUUGUUGAUCUGAUGGUGUGGUGGAGCAUAAGGACAUACAUAAAUGAUUUUAGGAAGAGGAAGCUAGAUCUUGCACCUAUCGCUUAUUUCAGUACAUACCAUGGCUCAAUUUCUCACUUGCCUACUGCUUACAUGUGGAGUCCCCACGUUGUGCCAAAACCAAGUGACUGGGGUCCUUUAGUAGAUGUUGUUGGGUAUUGUUUCAUGAACCUUGGAUCAAAGUACAAACCUCGGGAAGAGUUUAUCCACUGGAUAGAAAGAGGAUCACCACCAAUAUAUAUUGGUUUUGGAAGCAUGCCUCUUGAUGAUCCCAAAAAGACAAUGGACAUUAUACUGGAAACAUUGAGAGAUACAGAACAAAGAGGGAUAGUUGAUCGAGGUUGGGGUGGCCUUGGAAACCUUGCUGAUGUUCCUGAAAAUGUAUUCCUCUUAGAGGACUGUCCUCACGAUUGGUUGUUUCCUCAAUGUUCAGCUGUGAUUCAUCAUGGCGGUGCUGGAACCACAGCGACUGGACUGAAAGCUGGGUGUCCAACAACAAUUGUACCGUUCUUCGGGGAUCAGUUCUUCUGGGGUGACAGGGUCUGUGAGAAGGGGCUUGGGCCUGCGCCAAUACCGAUAGCUCAGCUCAAUGUUGAGAACCUCUGUAGUGCCAUAAGAUUUAUGCUUCAACCAGAGGUGAAAUCACGAGUGAUGGAGCUAGCGAAAGUACUGGAGAACGAGGAUGGUGUAGCUGCAGCAGUUGAUGCAUUCCAUAAGCAUUUGCCACCGGAGCUACCACUGCCCGAGUCCGCACCUGAGAAAAAGGAUGAAGAUGAUCAACCAGACCUGUUACAGCGGUUCUUCAUCCAGAUUGGCAGAAAGUGUUGCCUUCCAUGUGGGGGCGUGUGAUAUCAAAUGUUUUAGAUGCUUUUUUAGUUGCGUAAUCUUGUAUCUGCAACUUCGAUUCAUUUCAUUCAAUGGUCAGGAAUAUUAUUACUAUUUUUUGUGUGCAUUAGUACAUAAAUUGGAUAUAAUAAAAUGAUAAGGAAUUUGCUAAAA